AUGCACGCGCGUGACUGGUUUCUCGUGUUCAUCGCGAUCUUCGUGCCGCCCAUCGCCGUGGGCCUCAAGCGCGGGUUCCUCUCGAAGGACACGCUCCUCAACCUGCUGCUCUUUCUGCUCGGAUUUUUCCCUGGCCUCAUCCACGCCCUCUACGUGAUCUCCAAGCAUCCGUACCCGGAAGUGGGCGGCUCGCUAGCUCAGCCAAACGACGGGUACGGGUCCCUGAGCUAA